CAGGGCUGUAAUAUUCCACUUUGCUGGAUGCAGAAUGAAUACUAGCGCAGAAUCAAUUCGUUUUUGAAAUUGUACAUCGAGUAUCUAAAUGGAAGAGGACUUUCUAUUGCUCUUAAUCGAGAAGUGGCAGGAUGCUUUUAAUAGCAAUAAUAUGAAGUUUCUUGGUGACUGCAGCGAUCCGUUUAAUUUGUCAACCCAAGUUUUGGAAAAGCAUUUCCUCUUGCCAAGAUCUAUGUGUCGCUCAUUAAUAGAAGACUUGCUACCAUACGAUAAACAGGGCACUAGUCUACCUCUCGCUCUAAGAUUUCUAACAACGGUAAAUUUUUACACUUCCGGUAGCUUUCCAAAACGUUUUAAUAGCAAUAAAAUAUUCGGCAUCAGUCAGCCAUCGAUGUCUCGCGCAUUGUCAAGUAUAACGGAACUAUUGGUUACACAAAAAGAUGCGGAAGAAUUAUUUUAUAAUUUCAAAGAAAAAUUUGACAUGGAUAAUACUUUGGGUGUUAUUGGAACAGCGCACAUUAAAAUACUGGUGUCAAAAGACAAAUGCGGAUCAGAAGAAUAUUUUAAUGAGCACGGUGAAUACAGUAUCAAAGUAGGAAACAUUUGUGAUCACCGCUUGUUAUUCACAUCGCUAAACGCGAGAUCGCCUGGUUCCCUAUCUAAUUCAUCUAUCUGGCGUAGUUCUUCUUUAAUAAAACACUACAAAUUAGGUUCACGAAACACUUGGUUACUAGGAGAUGUUACAUACCCUCUAGGACCAUGGCUGCUUACUCGCCUGGAGUUAUCCUAUAACGAUAGGCUUAGAAGUUCUCAUAAUUGUAUUAAGCAAACCGCUUUAAAUGCCUCUCCAAAAGGCGCAGGUUGUAUUAUAAGCACGAACGUCCCGCAAACAUUAUAUAUGCAUGUGCCAUACUACAUAAUAUACUCUUGAAGAAUGGAGGUAGUGCAACAUAGGAUAAAAACGAGCUACAAACAUCUUUAGAAGAUGCUUCGAAGAAGGUGUCAGAGAAAGCGGCCUUGAAGCGUGCGCCAAAAUUUUUAGACGGCACAUACGUUAGACACCAUUAUACACAACAUUUAUAAUUUAUUAAAAUGGAAGAAAUAUUACUAUUUUUACACAAAAACCUAGUAUAUACACUGGUGGACAAAGAAAUAUAUUUUUUACUUGUGUACGCUUUCAUAUCUCCAAUGAAACUGCACUGAUGAUGAACUGUUGUAUGCUCACAACUGUUGUGGACCUGCCACAACUGCGAUGGCUAAAAGUUUUUUUUUUUUUUUUUGUUUUUUCUUUUUUGUAAAAAAAUAUCAGUAGAAUAUAGAAAAUAAAU